UGGCUUACUUAUGAAUGAUUACAUUUCCUCAUUAGGCACCAAAAACAGACAAACCAGUUUUUGUGUCUGCACUCUCACUUCACUACAAUACAUACACACCCUUCACUUCUGUCAGAGCCAAGACAAUGUGUGAGUUUCAGGCACAAACAUUGUUCCAUUCUCUCCCCCUUUCUCUUUUUCUGUCUCAGACAACCAAUGGCUCUUUCAAACUUUCAACUUGAAGGAGUUUUCACUUCAUCCUCUCUUCUUUCAGCUACCCUUUGCUGCACAAAAGAGAGUCUUGUGGAGGCUUUCAGAGACGAGUGGAAGCUGUUAUGGUGUUUCAAUAUGGAAGAUCUCUCUUGCUGAUAGCUCUUCUGAAUUGGUUAUGUUGCUGCAUUUUAUGCUGUUCUUAGUAGAAGUACAUUAAAUGUCCAUGUAAUGCUCAUAAAACGCAGAAGUCACAUCAGAUCUAUGCAAUCCUUGCAGAUUCAGGCACAUUUGUUACUGUUAACCCGCAGAUUUCCAUUUAAUCUAUUUUGAAUUGGUAGGAUAUAGAUAUUGACUGCUUUCUGAGUUCACUCCUACAAUGAAAUCAGGUUUCAAAAAUGGUUGGCCCUCUGUUGUGCGUCUUCGUCUUAGAGACAAAUCAGUGACCCCCUUCUGCAUAUUCUCUAAAGUGAAAUCCGCCGGCAACAUACCAGGGAACACACCUGUCUAUCUCAAUGUCUAUGAUUUGACAACAGUAAAUGGUUAUAUGUAUUGGGCUGGCCUUGGUAUUUUCCACUCUGGUGUUGAAGUUUAUGGAGUAGAAUAUGCAUUUGGCGCUCAUGACUAUCCAACAAGUGGUGUCUUUGAGGUUGAACCUCGGCAGUGUCCUGGCUUUAAGUUUAGGAAGUCCAUAUUCAUGGGAACUACUAAUUUAGAUCCCUUCCAGAUUAGAGAGUUCAUGGAACGUCAGUCUGCAAAUUACAAUGGUGAUACUUAUCAUUUGAUUGUCAAGAACUGCAACCAUUUCUGUGAGGAUAUUUGUUACAAGCUAACAGGAAGUUCUAUACCAAAAUGGGUCAAUCGUCUGGCAAGAAUAGGUUCCUUCUGCAACUGCAUACUCCCUGAUGCUCUUAAAACUUCCACUGUUGAGCAUGAUCCAAACUUUCAAGGGUGUGAUAGUGAGAAAAGAAGACUGAGAACUGCUUUCAGUUGUUUGUCAUCAAUCUCAAUGCCUCAUAAGGAAGUUUCAAUGUCUUCAUUAUUUAUGCACUCUCACUAUAAAGGGUGCCUGCCACCAUGGGAGUUAAAGAAGUCUAAAAAGGGAAGACUAAAGCAAAAGUUAGAAGAGCAGUUCACUUCUCAGUAACUCUUCUCUGUGCUGUAGAGUAUCCAUUGCCUUUCUGGUAACUCAAUCACUGGAAAGAAAUUAUUGUUACUGCUUUCAGUUAUCUGUGCAAGUGCACUUCCUCAAGUGCAAAAUUUUCUGUUCAUAUUCAUUUUGAAUGUUCAAGCUCAUGCCUCUUUGUUGCUUC